AUGUCUCACUACAACACGGGCAUCGGCAACAAUGUGCCGUCUCUUCUUGACAUGUGCAGCGGUUUAACCGCCUUCUUGGUGGACUUCAUUCAAGUUGUGCUUGGCCAAACGCAGACAAGUUUUCAGGCGGCGGCACCCGAGGACAGCGACCCUGGCGUGUACGACCCAGAUACGCGAAGUUGGUCCGGCACGGAUGGGCUACGGUACCGCGUUCCCCUCUUUCCGAUCCCUAGCGAGCGUCACACGCGCGAGAAAGUGCGCAACGUGAAGAUCUUGAUGGACAACUGCCGCCACAUCUGCAUGUCGGACGAGCUGCCGGCGACCAAGGAAGAGAAGAGGUUCUGGGCCUCGUAUCGGUUCAUCCAGUACCAGCUGUUUCUGGCCCCUGCCUGCGUUGUGGCACCGCCCGUGUACGUCUUCUUUAAGAUGUUCCAUGACAAGCUACCACGCUUUCUCCGCGGCCGCACGAUGCCCAUCAUGACUGGGCUCGCCGUCGCGGAAAUGUGGGCGGAAGCGACCUACCCGAGCCACCAGCUACUAUCGACGGCGCUGCGCGCCAAGACGCCCAUUGGCGACGCGGCGCGAGCGGAGUGGACACGACUGCAGCCCAUCGAUAUCCCCUUUUACAUAUUCAGCUCCUACCAAUUCCAGCAGCUCUUCAACUCUGUACCGGAGGAGUAUCUCUUUGGCGGGGAUUUGGCCUCGCUCUGCGGUUGA